UUUCAGCCAGCUUCACACGUCGAAUUCGAGACCCCUUCCACUGCCAUCCGUGCCUGCCUUUUGGGCUGCAUCCAGACCACACAGCUGUUACCCGGAGUUUUACCUCCAGUUUCGAAGAUAACCAGGACAGCCACCCAGUUGAACGGCAAGUUAUUGGUGUGCCUUGGGCCACUGAGGCUGUAAAGGCGCUGCUCGGCUCUGUCUGGGCAUCCACUCUCAAACUUGUCUGAGAACAUGGCACACAUGACCAACCCCCUGGCAACUGCCGAGCAAUUGUAUCAACGGAACAAUCUCAGCUCUCUUCCCAACGACUUGCAGGAUGUCAUAUUCUACGUGACUCAAUCCCUGACACAGGCUGCGGGUGUUCUUCUUCAGCUGCCACAGUCCGCCACGGCUCAGGCGAACGUCAUCCUCGCCAGAUAUUGGCUGGCAGAGUCUCGGCCACUCCUCACAAAUGAAUUUAGUGACGUCUCUGCUGCCUGUGUUUUCCUCGUCUCGAAGCUGGGCUCCCGUGCUCGCUCGCCCCGGGACAUCUCGAACGUCUAUGCCUAUCUGUUGUCCAGCAGCUCGUCUUUCAUGAAGGGCAAGGGCGCUCAACCGCCUGUAGAUGACCCAUCUUCUUACUACCUGAGCGAUGCCGACUACUUCGCCUUUCACAACCGUGUCCUAGCACUGGAGGCGAGGGUGCUCUAUACGCUGUCCUUUGAUACGCACGUGGCCCUGCCUCACCCCCUGGCAGUCACAUACUUGCAGACCUUGGAUUUUUGCAACCAUACCAAGGAUUCGAUCUCGAGGCGGACAGUUGAGUAUCUCAACACGGCACUGCUUUCGCCCCAGCUGCUGUAUUUAACGCAUCAGCCGAACAUGCUGGCAGUUGCGGCCAUCUACAACGCCGCCAAGGACGUUGGAGCACACAUGCCCGAAUGCGAAUGGUGGGAGGUCUUUGAUGUGGAGCGAGAAGAGCUUGGGUUCCUGGUGGUCGCCAUGCGCAGCCUCGAGGGAUGGGUGAGGAAGCAACGCGAGGAUUUCCCAUGGAUGACCGAGGGCAUGGUCACGAGGAAGACAGUGCAGGCGGAGCUGCUGGCGAGAGGUGUUCACAACGGCGACGGCGGGCAGGCUCAAGACGAAGAGGCAGCAAUGAUGGCACAGAUGGAUGAGAUUAUGGACACAGCAGGGGUCCAGCCUUGAACAAGAGGAGGGGCAUCUGCUGGUUCAGGGAAGGACAAGACCACUCGUUCCGGCUGUGAGUCGGUGGCAGCGAUACUGCACUGAUGUGCUGAGGCCGAGGCCGGAGGAGGUGCACCAGCCGUGCCUAAGAAGCUGUCCCCUCGGAACGCACAGCAUGCCCUUCUAGACGCAGGCUAGACGCAGGCUCGAUGCAAUGUCAGUUACUGUCACACAGUUCUUCGCCGCAACGGUGAGGUCACGGCUGCCCGGACUAUGGUCAUCUCCG